AAGGCGUGAAGGAAUAAUCGCAGUGGGAGAAAAGAGUUGCUGGGUCCUGAAGAUGCUUGCAGAAGUUGGAUUUCUCUGCACAGCUUGGGAUGCUUGAGAACUGCCAGUGACGGACCAAAUUUACCUCUAAAACUUUCUGCAGCAUUUCCUACAUCUCCCUACCCCGAUCACAGGGCAUAGGUGACCUUUUCGAUUGCACAGUUUUAAACUAAAACCAAACUCUGACUUUCGGGGGUGUGUGGGUGCUACGGACCAUGCUCUCCCUGUGGUUGUUCCUGCUCCCUCUGCUGAGCCUCGUGCCUCUUGCCCCGGCCGAGAAGGGCCUGGAGUUUCCACAGUAUGACGGGAAAGACCGGGUCAUAGAUAUCAAUGACAAGAACUACAAGAAAGCCUUGAAGAAGCACAGCAUGGCGUGCCUGUUCUACCACGGGCCCAUACCGGACAGCAAGGAGCAGCAAAAACAACACCAGAUGACUGAGUUGGUGUUGGAGCUUGUAGCUCAGGUUGUGGAAGAGAAGGACAUUGGGUUUGGAAUGGUCGACUCCCACAAAGAUGCAAAGGUGGCAAAGAAACUGGGCCUGGAGGAGGAGGGCAGCGUGUAUGUUUUUAAGGAUGAUCGGGUGAUAGAGUUUGACGGCUUGCUCUCUGCUAACACCCUGGUGGAGUUCUUGUUGGACCUGUUGGAGGAGCCGGUGGAGUUGAUAGGAAAUGCUCUGGAGCUCAGAGCCUUUGAUAGGAUGGAGGAAGACAUUCGCCUCAUUGGUUACUUCAAAAGCGAGGACUCUGAACACUAUGAAGCAUUUAAAGAAGCUGCAGAGCACUUCCAGCCCUACAUUAAGUUCUUUGCCACGUUUGAGAAAUCUGUGGCCAAGGAGCUGACUCUGAAGCUGAACGAGGUCGAUUUCUACGAGCCCUUCAUGGAGGAGCCGGUCACCAUCCCUGGCAAGCCUCACUCCGAGGAGGAUCUGGUGGAAUUCAUAACUGAACACAGACGGCCAACUCUGAGAAAGCUACGUGCAGAGGAUAUGUUUGAGACCUGGGAGGAUGAUAUCGAAGGCAUCCACAUAGUGGCUUUUGCAGAGGAGGAGGACCCCGAUGGUUAUGAGUUCUUGGAGAUCCUGAAGGAGGUGGCCAGAGACAACACCCACCUCCCUGACCUUAGCAUCAUCUGGAUUGACCCUGAUGAUUUUCCUUUGCUGAUCCCCUACUGGGAGAAGACCUUCAAGGUGGACCUGUUCCGACCACAGAUUGGAGUUGUCAAUGUUACAGAUGCUGACAGCGUGUGGAUGGAGAUGGACGAUGAGGAGGAUCUGCCCACCCCCCAGGAGCUGGAGGACUGGAUCGAAGAUGUGCUCUCCGGCAAAGUCAACACUGAGGAUGAUGAUGAUGAUGAUGAAGAAGAUGAUGAUGAUGACGAUGAUGACGAUGAUGACGAUGAUGAUGACGAUGACAACGACAACGAUGAUGAAGAUGGUGACGAUAAUGAUAAAGAGGAUGAUGGUGAUGAUGACGAUGAAGAGGAUGAUGAUGAUGAUGACGAUGACGACGACAAUGAUGAUGACGAUGACGAUGAUGAUGACGAUGAGUAAUCCAUAGCCUGAGAAUAGUAAAUGUUGACUCUUCACUUUUUGCUCUUCAGGCCUUAAGUGUAACACGGAUUUCAGACACUGUACAUUAAAAUCACUUUUCACUUAGAAGUAAUUCCAAAUUUUUACUGAAUAUGUGUUCGCUAAUAAUAAGACGACUAUUUAAUAUCAAAAAAUGUUUUGACAAUGUAAAUAAGCCUGGAGUGGGUUUGGGGAUUUAAAAUAAAAGAUAUAUGAACUUAAAUGUCUGGAUCAGACAUUUACCUCACGUUACACAUGACAUUCAUUUAUAUUUCUGGAUAUAUAAAUGGCUGUUAAUAAUAAAAAGACUGUGGAUGUCAACUAUUACUGUCAUCACUUCUUACAUCACUUUUUAUUUUAAAUCUCAGUCUUCAAGUGAAACACUGCUCACAUACUAUACAUGUGUACAUGAGUAUAUUUACUCUAAUACUGUGUCGACUUUUCAGAUUAAGAUUUUGGCUUGUGACUCCAACAAAAAGCAAUAUCUAGUCAUACAUAUAUAUAUAAAUACAAACUUUAGUGAGGAAACUUUUUCUUUCUUGUGCCCCUUUAAUCAUUUCAUGGCUCCUCUGUGUCACAUCUGUUAGAAGAAGUGGUUUAACUUUUAUACUGUGGGUAUAUUUUGCUGAUGACAUACUUCUUUACUUUUACUUAACAUGUUGAAUGCAGGACUUGAAAUUGUAAUGGAGUAUUUUACAUUGCUGUGUUGGCAAUUUAACUUAGUAAAGGAUUUGAGUGCUUUUUCCAUCACUGAGUGGCACUUUCAAAACCUAAUUUCUUUUACUUAUAACCUGUUCCA